AUGUUUCCAUGUACUGUUCAUUUCCAGUCGCUCGUGAUUCCAGAAAAAUUCCAGCACAUUCUUCGUGUGCUGAGCACCAACAUCGAUGGUAAGCGUACGGUACCGAUCGCACUAACCGCCAUCAAGGGUGUCGGUCGUCGUUAUGCCCACGUCGUACUGAAGAAAGCCGAUGUCGACCCGUUCAAGCGCGCCGGUGAGUGUUCGGAUGAAGAGGUGGAGAAGAUCAUUACCAUCAUCUCCAACCCACGCCAGUACAAAAUUCCGGACUGGUUCCUGAACAGACAGAAGGAUAUCGUUGAUGGUAAAUACAUGCAGCUGACUUCGUCCAACAUCGAUUCGAAGCUGCGUGAAGAUUUGGAGCGGUUGAAGCGAAUCCAUGCCCAUCGUGGUAUGCGUCACUACUGGGGUCUUCGUGUCCGUGGUCAGCACACGAAGACUACCGGUCGCCGUGGUCGUACGGUCGGUGUGUCCAAGAAGAAGUAA